AUGGAGAACAUUGAGCUCACGACGCGCUUGAAGAUCUGGGAGGGAGCCAUCUUGGUCGAGCACCAAGGAAGGGCGACGAUCAGGCACAAGAUUGAGCAGCUACUCAAGUUGAACGCGAGUGAGGCUGAGAUUGCAGCGCUCGUCGAGCAGUACAAGGCGCAGUACAGUGACUAUGGCUACAAGCGCGAGGAGACCAUCGCGUUUCAUUCACAGCGCGUGCGCGACCCCUUUUUGCCGACGCAGGACAUCGAGAUGCCGCUGGGUGAGCUCCCUUGCGAAGGUGUGCAGGGCCGCGUCCAGCUUGGGGAAGCUAUCCAUUCGUGCCAAGCGUGUGUGUUUGCUGACCGCUGCUCGUAUCUUGACUGA